CCUUAUUUGUGUUUUGCAGCCAUUGAAAAAACAAGACUUUCUCAAUUCUCAACAAUAAUUUUUUUCAUGGUUUCUUAAUUCUCAAUAAUAAACAAAACCAGAUGCUUACAAAUUCUUUCCUAUUAAUAACCUCUUUUGUAGUUUCUAUCAGAAAUUCAGAAUAAGCUUUUCUCUUCUGUUCUCAGUGAUUGUUUUGUCUUUUUCUCUUCAUUUCCGCAAGAGAACGGCAAAGUCCGUGACCACCCACUUCCUAUAAAGAUCUUACCUCUCAUUUUUCAGGAAAAAGUUUAAAUUUUUUGAUUGGUUAGUGAGUUUUUCACUGAAUUGAUCAUCUGGGUCUUGAAAAUUAUCAUCUGAGUGAAAAAAAUUCAGAGGUGUUUGAGAGUUGUGGAUUUUUUGUUUUUGUUUUGAAAAUUUUGGUUUUGAAGAUUAGCUGAAGAAGUAGAUGUUGAGACAGAGUUGAAUUAAAUGGAUAGUCUCUGUUGCUUCAACUCUUCCCGAAAGGGAGUUGGAGGACGUUCUUUAUGCGGCUCUGGCAAAGGAAAGAGCCUUCAAUGCCCUCUUAAGUAUGGCUUUUGCUUAGUUGAAGGGACACAAGACCACACAAUGGAGGACUUUCACGUUGCGAAAAUCGUCCAGUUCAACGGGCGAGAGUUGGGACUUUUUGCUAUAUUUGAUGGACACUCGGGUGACACUGUGCCUGCCUAUUUACAAAAACAUCUCUUUUCUAAUAUCUUGAAGGAAGAGGAUUUCUGGACUGAUCCAAACAGUUCGAUCAUCGAAGCUUAUGAGGCAACUGAUCAGGCUAUUCUUUCUCACAGUCCUGAUUUGGGGCGAGGAGGAUCAACUGCAGUGACUGCCAUUCUAGUAAAUAAUCAGAAAUUAUGGAUUGCAAACGUUGGAGAUUCACGGGCAGUUCUGUCGAGGAAAGGCGUGGCUAUACAGAUGAGUAUUGAUCAUGAGCCCAAUACUGAAAGACGCAUCAUCGAGAAUAAAGGCGGUUUUGUCUCAAACCUUCCAGGAGAUGUUGCAAGAGUGAAUGGACAGCUUGCAGUUGCUCGGGCAUUCGGAGACAGAAACCUGAAGUCACACUUGCGAUCUGAUCCAGACGUAAAACCCGACGAUAUCGACCAAGAUACCGAGCUCUUGAUACUUGCUAGUGAUGGUCUAUGGAAGGUAAUGGCAAACCAAGAGGCAGUUGAUAUUGCAUUGAAGAUAAAAGAUCCACAAAAGGCAGCUAAACAACUAAUUGCAGAGGCAUUGAAAAGAGAGAGCAGGGAUGACAUUUCCUGCAUUGUAGUUCGUUUCAAGUGAUUAUACAAGUCCUUGCAUUUGUUUGAAAAUCUCAUGAAAUCAAUUUAUCAGUUUGGAAUUUUAUGCAACAUAUGUUUGCCCUUUUUUCCUAUUUAAAAUUCAAUUUGAAGCUCUUCAAUCCCAUUAGGUGGUACCAUUCAGUAUUUCUUGAUUUCUUAUGUGUAGAUUGACACAGUCAUUUUUCUUUGUAAUUUGCAUUAUAACAUGAAGCAGUGUGAAGAUGAACAUUGGUUUUUAUAUUGACAAUGGGAAUUGGAAUACAUGAGUGGCUUUAGCUUGAGUAA